GGACAGUUGGACAGUUGGUCACUUGGACGGCGGCGUCUUCUAUUUUAGGUCUAAGUUGUUAACUAGUAAACUAGUUGCUGGCGAGGAACGCGGGCAUUAACCGUCCUUACAUGGUCAUAUCAUUUUCAUUUUCCAUGGUGGCGCAUCCACACGCCCCCCGUUUCCCCCCUCCACCGAGCCAUAUAAUCGCCGACUUCAGCGAAAGUGAAAUCUUCUGUGCUCUAAGAUGCCAGUUCAGUGGCCUCCAGGUACAGUAGACAAAAAGGUAGAGUCGCUUUUCUUCAUAGAGUGCUCACUGUACGCAUGAACAUGGACCCAUUAAUUGGUUACCCGAGCAAUUGGAGUAUAAUUACCAUAACUUCACCCUGGAACAACACCACGACGAUCCCAGUAAAUUAUAAGCCAGUCAGGCACACUGCCACGCCCACUCCGUCGCCAACUACGCCCUCGCCCAUCGCGACGCCCAAAUCCAUUAAAUUCUAGGAAACCGUGCUUAGUGUCGAAAUGUUUGAAAUAAAAAAACGAAAAAACAUGCGCAAACAGACCUAAUUGAUGUGCUGAAAACAAGAAAAAAAAUACCUUUCGAAUUGUCAUCACAUUUUUUAAGCCGAAAAACUGUUGCAAAAAUAAUAAUAAAAAUUGACAGGCACAUGCUAAUGAAGGUAAGCGUUCGUCCAAAUGAACCUGAUGAGGUUUAUUGGGCUUUUGCUUGAUUGCCGAACGAGCGGGGGGCAUUACAGUGCCCCGAAAUGGCCAAAAACGUGUUUCCAUUAAAGCCACCUCCGAUAUGUCCGUCACGUGAGACGAUCGCAACGAAUCGGCGAUGAUUCAGCGAUCCAAGCGAUUUCUAUAUGCAUAUAUAUAUAUACAUACUCAUAUAUUCAUUAAUAAACCGCAAACAUAUUCGCUGUCAGGUAUCCGAACUGGAGGCGUUUACCCUUGACCAUGUUUUGACAACGACCACCAUCAGCACAUGGCCAGCAUGGAGGAACACCGAACACCGUUAGGAGUCGGAACAACCCAAUCCCGAACGAGAACAAUCCCAAACAAUCGAUCUAUUACCAUCUACCUGGGUCAUAACUCACGUUUGCCAUGUGCUCAUUGAGGGACAGAUGUUUGCGACGCGGGUUCGAUGCCAUGUGAAUGGAUAUCUAUCUACCUGGUCUGGACGCGUCCAGAUUUCACCAGAUUCCGACGACUUUUUUGCGGAACGAACGUCGCACACGAAACGUGCUGGCGAAUUGGUAAUACGAAGCCCUUCAAUAGCGACAUUGUCAGCUGGAAACCUCCAUAAUAUAAUAUGAUACUCUAUAAGAAAGUCAGAAUAUAAUCAUAGUAAAGAUCCCAAAGGCUUUCCAGCACCUAUCAUACUAGUUCACGUUUUUCGUUAUAUCAUAUUAAAAAACAAACAAUCCAGUAAAAGACUCAAAGAUUGUGUGCUAAAUUUAUGCAAGAUGCCCUAUCUAUAUGGCAUAGCGGACACCAAGUUCCUCCACCAGAAGGUGAAAAAGAAGACGAAGAUCCGUUCGGAUAUGGCAGCCACCAAGUUCCAGCGGAAUGAGUUCCUAAAGGGCUGUCCCAAGUACGAUAAGGACGAUAUACCCAUACAGUUCAGGACGACACCCGAUUCCCUCGUGGAGCUGAGCAUCAUUGUGGUGGACAAGCUGCCAUUGCCUUCGAUCUUCGAGUGGAAUGACAUGGACAUCAGGCGCUGGAUUAAUGGCUAUGGGUAUCCACAGUACAUGAACACCUUUCGGGUGAACAUGAUCACGGGUCGCAAGCUGCUGCUCCUGGACGCCGCCGCUCUGUGUGCGAUGAACAUCAAGAACUUCGAUCACAUCCGCCACAUAUCCUAUGGCAUCCGGAUGCUCUUCCACUUCGAGCUGACCAAGUUCUCAUCCAGCAUCUCGCUGCCGGACGAGAAGCCCAAUGAGCUGUACCUGUUGUUCCACACGCAGACCGGAAUGAACUACGACGAGGUGCGCAGGAUUGAUCUCUACCGACGGAUGCAGAUCCUGCGGGAGCGGGCCCGCAACCUGGACCACUGGGAUCUGCUGUACCUGUGGCUGCGCCACGAGCAGGAGCGCAAGUACAAGGAGCUCAUCGGCAUGGUACCGCGCUCCACGAUGUACAAGUGCGAGGAGGCGGCAAAGGCGCCGGAGGAACCCGAGGACAUGGAACCCGAGGAACUCAUGUGCAUGACCUGCAUUCCGCCGUGCGACUGCGACUGGACCGAACGGGAUCUCCGGCUGCCGUGGCGACUGGAGUGCCUGCCGCCCAUGCUGGAAACCACCAUGAGCAAGUGGAACGCCUUGCAGGCGCAGUGCUCCACCUGCAUCCCGCCGUGCGAGUGCCGCUGGCCACCGCGAUUCUAUCUCACGGGCACCGUCAUCCGCUGCCUGCAGCAUCGCUUCCCGGAGAAGUUCUGCCCCAUCUUCGACGAGCGGUACAGGGCCUCGCCGCGACCCAGUCUCGUGGAGCGCUGGACGCGAUUCUCCAUUUGAUGCGGUACUUUCACAAAGCACUUAUUUCAUAGAUAUAGUAUUCUAUAGUUAAGCUGUGUAAAGAUCACAGUUUAUAUCACAAAAACAUGUUCUGAAUGCGAAAAUCUAUGGAAUUUCAUCAUGUUUGCAGACUGCUCUGCUCUUGGCAUCUUAGCUGCUCGGAAAGCAAACAAAUCUCUCGCCCAAAUAAGCUAUUAAUCAAAAAAUAAAAUCUGU